UAUUUAGGAUCGAGAAGUUGACAAUUGUCGAAAAUAAAGAAUGAUCUACUUGGGAUGUGACGUGGCCAUGAAAAAUGAAUACCUAAACAAAUGAGGGAAUUGAAUACUUCUAUCGACGAGAUAGAAGUAGGAAAAAAAAAAAGGAAAUAGUAUGAAGCUUUCUCCUUUUUAGUAGAAAAGUUGAAAUUGAAUGACCGAUUCAUUCAUUGAAUCUGUACCUGGUCUCUUAAUUCUGUGACUAUCUCAGACAUCAGUUUUCAUCUCCAAAUUCUAACAGGCCUUACUCCGUCAAAGUCUACCUCCAAACUCAUUAUACUUGGUAAUAGAGACAAAACCCAGUUUAUUGGAUUUCCCCAAAACAUCAUCCAAAAAAACACAUCACCUACAGAUCAUCAUGACUGGGAAACGAUACAUGUAUAAAACAGUCAUUAAUUCUGGAUUUAAGAUAAUUAGUAUUACGAAUCUUCCUCAUAACUUAAUACGCUUCCAAGUUGUAGUAACUCAGAAUUAGUAUCAUGAGACAAAAUCAACGAAUGCAGCAAGAUGCAGAAGGAUUCGCGCAUAUCCGGCUCAAUACCGAACCUAGGUCAUCAUCAACACUGUACAACAACCGAACCGGAUCAUCUGACCGGAGAUGCAACAAGUGGUUUACCAUCAGCAUCUACAUCAUCCUCGCCAUAACAGGUCAAUCCAUCGCAAGACUCCUCGAGAACUUCUACUACCUCCACAAAGUAAACAAACACCGUAAAAACAACGGCAUCUGGACUCAAUCACUUCUCCAGUUCAUCGGCUUCCCCAUCCUUAUCUUCCCUUUCCUCUUCCUCUGUUUCAUAAAACAGAACCGACGACUCCCAUAUACUUUCAUCCAACGUUCCAACAAAUACCUCGCCAUAUUUUACUUUGCUCUCGGUAUCAUGAUGGCGAUUCAGGCAGCAUCAUCCUCACAGAGUAAAUUCGAGUUACCUUUUAGUGUUUUCACUCCCGUCUACGCGACGCAGAUCUUAUUCACCGUGUUGACCAGCGUCGUUUACAAGAAAAUCAAAUUCUGUCGAUGGACUGUUAUAUCUCUCGUCUUCGCCAUCCUCGCUGGUGCUCUCACUUUCUCGUCUUCCUUCGCCGGAGGACCUAACAAGCACGAGAGGAAAUACGACUCGGGUAUAGCUUACGCUUUCACAGCUUGCGUAUUUUUCUCCGGCCUCCUCGUCGAGGUCCACAACCUUUUUGACGAUGUCAUCCCCGAUCGUGACGACCCUACGUACAGGAAACUCGGAGUUUUCGUCCUUCGUCUGAAAAUGCUGAUUUUCUCGUCCUUCGUCGCCACCGUCGUCACCGUCCCAUUCGUUUUCAUUUCCGGCGAGCAUCAGGAUUUGAAGAGGGUAAUGGAUGGGUUUUCGAAGGGGAAAGCUGCUUACGUGAAGACUAUGGUUGGUCAAGCCGUUGCGUGGCAGAUUUACUGGGUUGGGAUCGUGGGUCUCGUGUGCGUAGUCUCGAGUGUGUUCUCGAACGUGAUCAGCGUCUGUACGUGGCCCCUCGUAUCGGUCCUGGUGCUUCUGUUCCAUUACGGAGAUAAUCAGUACGAUGUCUUUAACGGGAUUACCAUAGGCUUUGCUGCUCUAAGCGUAGCGUCUUACAUAUAUAUGAUUCAUAAACAAGAUAGUGACGGUGACGAGGCCACGAGCUAAAUCAAUCUUGGAACUUGGAGUUUUUUUCAUCGUUUCUGAUAACAUUUCUUUUGUAAUCUACAAUUACAUUAUUCGUAUGUGCAAUUUCGUUUUCUUAUUAACGCCAUUAUAAAAAUAUUAAUAAUGGUGGGUACUAAUUAGAUGUUUGGGAAAUUGAUAAGAUUUAGCUGAAUUGAGUACAAAAGUGUUGUGCUCUUCUUAAG